GCCGAGUGUAGUAGCCAACAGUCCAGCCGAGAGAGACGCAUCCCACACAAUCAGCCCAGCGUAAAUCAUCCGCAAUGGUGUCCGAAAUCCACGUUAUUUCCAAGCGCGACCUCUCCAAACAUGAGACUGUUGCAGUUGAUCUGCCACUGCCGCAGCUAGGCGUCUCUUCUAUUCGCGUCCGCACAUCCCUCAUCGGGAUCACGAGCAACAAUCUCUCGUAUGCGAAGCUGGGCGACAUGCUGCAAUGGUGGAACACUUGGCCCGUACCUUUGGAUGCACCGGCACCGUACAACGACCGGGCCGAGUGGGGCAUCGUUCCGGCGUGGGGCUUUGCGCGGGUGCUCGAGUCCAACAUCGAGGCUAUCCCGGCCAACAGUCUGCUAUUUGGGUACUGGCCCACCUCAUCUCAUCCGGUCGACUUGUCCCUCGUUCCGAGCGAACCAAAGGGGCAUUUCCGCGAGGUCAGCGAACACAGGCAGGGACUUGGGAACAUUUACAAUCGCUACAACCUUGUCGACGAGUCUGCUCAGUCGGAAGAGUACCGGGCAUGGUUUGCCAACGUCUCUCCCAUUUGGAAUUGCGGUUAUGUCAUGAACCGCUUCACCUUCGCUACGGAAUUUAAGCCGGUUCAUCCUCUCGGCGCCGGAGCCGGGGAGUGGACCGAAAAGGAUGCGGACCUGAGCUCAGCCGUUGUGGUCAGUCUCUCGGCAUCCAGCCGUACCGGCAGAUCAUUCUCGUGGAACUUGGCUAGAGACAGAAAGUCAGGUGCGGGGCCUCUGGCUCUCCUCCAAGCCACUUCUGCGCCAGAUUCUCUGAGAGCCAUCCCAAAGGCAGCGUUCGAGAUCAAGACGGUCAACUACUCCGAGCUCGCCGCAAAAAAUACGAUUGACUGGAUCGCGAAACUGCAACCCAAACGCGUGGUUGUAGCUGACUUUGGUGGCCGUCCGAAGGAGACAGAGGAGUUCCGCGAGGCCAUCAAAUCAACGCUCCCAGAGUCGGCCGUAUUCACCAACAUCCAAGUCGGAGGAGAGCCAAAGAUCAUGGCACCAGAGGAGGCCCUCAAGUCGAUGGCGAUAUUCAAGAAGUGGGGACUUGUUCAGCUCAACACGACUGGCAUUGUAGACGCUGGAAUUGCUGUAGAGGAUGCAGGUAAAUACUUUGACGGCGCUGAAUCAACGUUCCGAAGGUUCCUUGAGGAGGAGAGCGUAGCAGACCUUGAGCUGGUUUGGGGAAGUGGUGUUGGAGGUACAAAUGGGAUCGAAAAAGCAUGGAAAAACAUCAUCCAGGGGACUUUGUCACCCCAAAAGGCAUGGGUUUACAGAUUGGAGUAG